UCAAAAAAACUUUCCCAUGUCUACACUAUAACCACGUUGCUACUUUGUAAACCCAUCACCCCAAAAUUCUUCUCCUUCGUCUUCUUCUUCUUCUUCUUCUUCUCUCGUAUCUCUCUCUCCCUCUGCAACUCCUCGUUGCAUAAUCACUCUCAUGAAACACCAUCUCUAGAUAUUAAACAAGUGUUGUUUAUUUUUCUUUUCAAGAUUCUCAUACUCUCGAGAAAAUGCAGUGUCUAUCACUUCUUGUUUCUUCCUCCUUCUUCUUCCUAUUCUUCAUCAGCUUAUCCUCUUCGUUAAACCCCGAUGGUUUGUCACUUCUUGCUCUCAAAUCUGCCGUCUCGAAAGACCCGACCCGUGUCUUGACUUCCUGGUCCGAGUCCGACCCGACUCCAUGCCACUGGCCUGGUAUCAUCUGCUCUCACGGCCGAGUCACCUCACUCGUACUCUCCGGCAGAAGGCUGUCUGGUUACAUACCCUCCGAACUCGGACUACUAGACUCCCUCCUAAAACUCGACCUCGCUCGCAACAACUUCUCAAAACCCGUUCCGUCUCGCCUCUUCAACGCCGUCAAUCUCCGUUUCAUCGAUCUCUCUCACAACUCAAUCUCCGGCCAAAUUCCGGCCCAAAUACAAGCCCUCAAGAAUCUCACCCACAUUGAUUUCUCCUCCAAUCUCCUUAACGGGUCACUCCCUGAGUCACUCACUCAACUCGGAAGCUUGGUCGGCACGCUCAACCUCUCUUACAACAGAUUCUCCGGCGAAAUUCCGCCGUCGUAUGGACGGUUUCCGGUAUUCGUGAGCUUAGAUCUCGGCCACAAUAAUCUCACCGGAAAAAUACCUCAGAUUGGGUCUCUGUUAAACCAAGGACCAACCGCUUUCGCCGGGAACUCUGAUCUCUGUGGCUUUCCGCUACAGAAGCUGUGCAAAGAAGAAAGUUCAAAUCCUAGUAAGCUCGUCGCUCCAAAACCAGAAGGCUCGCAACUACUCCCGAAGAAACCAAACCCUAGUUUCAUCGACAAGGACGGAAGAAAGGCUAAACGGGUCACCGGAUCAGUAACGGUUUCUCUCAUAUCCGGAGUCUCAAUCGUAAUCGGAGCUGUUUCUAUCUCCGUAUGGCUGAUCCGGAGAAAACUGACCUCCGGCGAGAGCAAGUCGGAGAAAAAGAGCACGGCUGCGCCAAUGGGGUUCGAUGAGGAGGAGGAGGAGGAAGGUAAAUUCGUGGUGAUGGACGAAGGAUUCGAGAUGGAGCUGGAGGAUUUGCUGAGAGCGUCGGCUUACGUAGUGGGAAAGAGCAGAAGUGGGAUCGUGUACAGAGUAGUAGCCGGAAUGGGGUCCGGUACGGUGGCGGCAACGUUUUCGUCAUCCACAGUGGUUGCUGUGAGAAGGCUGAGUGACGGAGACGCCACGUGGCGGCGGAAAGAUUUCGAAAACGAAGUGGAGGCUAUAGGUAGAGUCCAACACCCAAACAUCGUACGGGUACGAGCUUAUUACUAUGCUGAGGACGAGAGGCUCUUGAUCACUGAUUACAUACGCAACGGGAGCUUGUACUCUGCCUUACAUGGUGGACCGUCGAGUACUCUGCCUCCACUCUCUUGGCCUGAAAGGUUACGUAUUGCACAAGGAACAGCUCGUGGUUUGAUGUAUAUACACGAGUAUAGCCCGAGAAAGUACGUUCAUGGCAACCUAAAAUUAACCAAAAUCCUGCUCGAUGAUGAAUUACACCCUCGCAUCUCAGGCUUCGGUCUCACACGUCUGGUUUCGGGUUAUUCCAAACUCACCGGUUCGCUAUCCGCCAAAAGGCAAAGCUUAGACAAAACCUACAUAACCUCUGCUACAACGGUGACAAGAAUUACAGCUCCCUCUGUUGCUUACCUUGCACCUGAGGCUCGUGCUUCUUCUGGUUACAAAUUAUCUCAGAAGUGCGAUGUUUACUCGUUCGGGGUCGUACUUAUGGAGCUGUUGACUGGUCGUUUGCCCAAUGCUUCCUAUAACAACAAUGACGAAGAACUCGUGCAUGUUGUGAGGAACUGGGUCAAGGAAGAGAAGCCCUUGGCUGAGAUUUUAGACCCGGAGAUUUUGAACAAAGGUUACGCAGAUAAGCAAGUUAUUGCAGCCAUUCAUGUUGCCUUGAACUGCACGGAAAUGGAUCCAGAGGUUCGACCAAGGAUGAGAUCAGUGUCUGAGAGUCUCGGCCGAAUCAAAUUAGACUGAUCUCGUUCGGGAUAACUCAGAAAGCAAGUUAGAAAUUUUGCAAUUCCCUUCCAUCAUGUUUAGUUUCUCUAUGAGUAGCAGUAUCUUUUAAUAUUUUUGGCAUGUUGUAGGGUUUAGGGAUCCUAAUCAUCAUGUAGUCACUCUCCUUUGUUGUACAUUUGUAAUAGACGAAAGUAAUUAAGUAGUUUGAUUGUUUCUUGGUUUUAACUUUAAA